AUGGGUCGAAAAAGAGUUGUUGAAAGAAAAAAAGGAGCAGUGUUAUCAGAAUCUAUGAAACAGGCUGUCACAAUUGUGCUGAACAAUACAAACACAAUUAGGAGCAAAUAUUUAGAAAAGAUGCCAUCUCUUAAACAUUCAUUUAUAGCUUCGUUAGGUAGAACUCAAUGCAAUUGGGUAAUCUCUUUCUGUGACAAUUUCAACAACUGUCUGAUUAACAAGAUCGAAUUAGGAACAAGGGUCAAACUAACCAGGCUGAACAAAAUAAAGAAUAAAAAGGAAAGAUACCGGAACCUGACGUUGUGA